UGCUAGUCAGGAACAGCUGCUUUACCAGAAACCAGAAGGAGUUAAAGUGGUAACGAUAUGACAUGUAUGUUAACCAAGCGUAGGUUUACAGGUUGUGUUUGUAUGUGUGCGUAUGUGUAUGGUCUGCUGCCGGUCCAUGGUGUGUCUGUAACGUGUUCUGCAGUCUCUUAAAAGCAAUAACAUAUCCCUCUCACUCUUCCUCAAUCUAUCCCUGGCUUCUUCUCCUGCCAUCCUCCUGCUUCCACAGGAGCACCAUGGCAAUGUGGAUUCAGGCCCAGCAGCUGCAGGGUGAAGCGUUGCACCAGAUGCAGGCCCUGUAUGGCCAGCAUUUCCCCAUUGAGGUGCGACACUAUCUGGCCCAGUGGAUUGAGAGCCAGCUCUGGGACUCUGUAGAGUUGGACAACCCAGCUGAGGAGACCAAAGCCAAGCGUCUGCUGGACAAUCUGGUGUCAGAGCUGCAGAAGAAAGCCCAGCUUCAGGGAGGAGAGGAUGGCUUUCUGCUCAAGAUCAAGCUGGGCCACUACGCUAGCCAGCUCAAGAGCACUUAUGACCGCUGUCCUUUCGAGUUGGUGCGCUGCAUAAAACACAUCCUGCACUCAGAACAGAGGCUGGUUCAAGAAGCUACAAAUGCCACCUGUGGGAGUGGGGGGCAAGCCAUGGACAGCCUGUCACAGCGCCACCAGCAGAUCAACCAGGCCUUUGAGGAGCUCCGUCUGGCCACGCAGGACACUGAAAAUGAACUGAGGAAGUUGCAGCACAGCCAGGAGUAUUUCAUCAUCCAGUACCAGGAGAACCUGCGCAUCCAGGCUCAGUUGAGCAGCCUGUCCUCACUGCCUCCGGCUGAGCGAACCCAGCGGGAGACAACCCUACAAACCAAGAGGGCCACUGUGGAGGCCUGGCUCACCAGAGAGGCCAGCACACUGCAGAAAUAUAGGCUUGACCUGUCAGAACAGCACCAGAAGACUCUGGCCCUGCUCAGGAAGCAGCAGACUCUGAUACUCGAUGAAGAGCUCAUCCAGUGGAAAAGGAGGCAGCAGCUGGCUGGCAAUGGAGGUCCUCAUGAGGGGGGGCUGGAUGUCCUCCAGUCUUGGUGUGAGAAGCUGGCUGACCUGAUCUGGCAGAACCGACAGCAGAUACGGCGGUGUGAACAUUUAACCCAGCAGCUUCCUUUGCCAGGCCCCAUGGAAGAGCUGCUAAGCAAACUCAACGCUGACAUCACUGAUAUCAUCUCUGCCUUAGUUACCAGUACCUUCAUCAUUGAAAAACAGCCACCCCAGGUGUUAAAGACCCAGACCAAGUUUGCAGCCACAGUGCGCCUUCUGGUGGGUGGGAAGCUAAACGUACACAUGAACCCACCUCAGGUCAAGGCUGUCAUUGUUAGUGAGCAGCAGGCCAAAGCUCUGUUGAAGAAUGAGAGCACACACAGUGAAAGUAGUGGAGAAAUCCUCAACAACAACUGUGUGAUGGAGUAUCAUCAGGCCACUGGCACCCUCAGUGCACACUUCAGAAACAUGUCACUGAAGCGGAUCAAGCGUUCGGACCGUCGAGGUGCAGAGUCAGUGACGGAGGAGAAGUUCACAGUUCUGUUUGAAUCACAGUUCAGCGUGGGGGGCAACGAGCUGGUCUUCCAUGUCAAGACCUUAUCGCUGCCUGUGGUUGUGAUUGUCCACGGCAGUCAGGACAACAAUGCCACGGCAACAGUCCUGUGGGACAACGCCUUUGCUGAACCGGGGAGGGUGCCGUUCAUUGUUCCAGACAAGGUGCUGUGGCCCCAGCUGUGCGAGGCUCUCGAUAUGAAGUACAAGGCAGAAAUGCACAGCAGCCGUGGCCUGUCAGACGAUAACUUGGUCUUCCUGGCACAGAAGGGUUUUACAAGCAGCAGCAACAACCCUGAGGACUACCGCAACAUGACCAUAUCAUGGGCCCAGUUCAACCGGGAGAGCUUACCUGGACGGAACUUCACUUUCUGGCAGUGGUUUGAUGGAGUUGUGGAGCUCAUGAAGAAGCAUCUCAAGCCUCACUGGAAUGAUGGGGCCAUCUUGGGCUUCGUAAACAAGCAGCAGGCACAGGACAUGCUGCUGUCCAAACCCAAUGGCACCUUUCUGCUGCGUUUCAGUGACUCAGAGAUUGGAGGCAUCACCAUCGCCUGGGUGGCUGAGAACCCCAACAAACCAGGUGAGAGGCUGGUCUGGAACUUGUUGCCUUAUACAACCAAGGACUUCUCUAUUCGCUCCCUGGCUGACCGCAUCAGCGACCUGAACCACCUUUUGUUUCUCUACCCUGACCGGCCCAAAGACGAGGUCUUCGCCAAGUACUACACCCCUCCACUCUCAAAAGCAGUGGAUGGAUAUGUAAAACCACAGAUCAAACAAGUUGUGCCAGAGUUUACCACCCCAAACCCUGAACCCAGUGGAGGAGCAACCACAUUCAUGGACCAGACAGCUUCUCCCUCUGUGAGCCACCCCAACAGCUUUGGGGUCUACCCAUCAAUGACUGACACCAUGUUGGAUGCAGAUGGAGACUUCGACUUGGAUGACACGAUGGACGUGGCGCGCCAUGUGGAGGAGCUGCUCCGCAGGCCUAUGGCCAACCAGUGGAGCAGUCAGCAGUCCUGAACCUGGAUCCUGAACCUGCUGUGCACGCUCAGGUCUGCCUCAUCUUACCUUGCAGAAGCACCCACACCUGUGGUUUCUACUGGACUGAACCUUGGCAGAAAAUGUCUUUGGCAGUUUCCCUGACAGAUCCAUGUCACAGUUUAUCUAAAGUUUUAGCGCCCACACAAGUUUUGUCUGUACAAUCAAGAGUCAGUGUUACUCAUGAGUCUGGUGUUAAUGUUGUCUCCCGUGUAGCUUCACAGGACUGUUGUAUGGAGCUGGUUUGGAUCAAUCAGAUUUGUAUGCCAAACUGAGACAUACAGUUAGCUUUCACUUAAGCUUUGCCUUCACAUGUGCCUGAUGAGCUUUUGGCUGGCACUGAAAAAUUCACAGCAGAAAAGCUAACUUCACCUGAAGUUCUUUAAAGUUUUUUUUUUUUUUCAAUCAACACAGCAUUGAUUAAUGUGACUACAUGCUGACAAAUUGAAUCUCCACUUUAUUACAGGGAAUGUUAUCAGUAAUUGUUUUAGUUUUUUGUAAAUCCAGAGAAUUCCUCAAAGAGAGACUAUUUAACUUCUGCUAAACAUCAAUCACUGUGACCACAUGUUGUAUUUAGAAUAAUUGCAAAUUUAAUUUUCCUUCAUUUUCCAAGAUUUUCUUGAGGCUGUCGCUUCAGGGACACCAUGUUUUACAGAUAUAUAUAUGGAGACAGAUAUAUUGUUGUACAGGCCACAUGUUUAACUAUAUGACGUACAUACGUAGACUGAUAAAACACUGCACUCUUCUCAUAUGAACAUCUAGCAUUACUAUGCUGAGUUUCUCUUUAUCAUUAUUUUCACACAGAAGGUUCAACUUGGCACACAGAUGUCUUUUAACACAUUGGUGUCCACUAUAGUGGAUAGUACAAUGGAUAUUUGGGAGCUGUUUUUAACCAUUUGAGUUUGAUCUCCAAAGCCUCGUCCACAAUUCCAUUUGAUUAUUGUCUCUGUAUCUCUUUGUCAUCAUAAGGUAUGCUUUUGAAAAUUAAAAAUUGAGGGGGGAAGAUGA